AUGUACGCCACGCGCCUCUUCAAGCUGCUUCUGCUGGCGCUCUGCAUCAUCUGCGUCGCUCAGGCGUCCCUGAUAGACUUCAGCGGUGGCCGACAAAUUAUUCGACGACAGAGCCCUGGCAGCAGUGACGACGCUACGACCGACGCUGCCUCAGCUUCCUCAGAAGCGUCCGCUACCGACGCUGGCAGCGUUUCAGCCACUGACGAUAGUCAGUCUACCUCAGAAGCACCGGCAAGCACAUCCUCCGAAGCGGCGCCAAGUGCUUCGGAGGCUCAGACUACCACGGAUCAACCGCCUGCCGAGACCACCGCCGACACGCCAUCAUCCACCACAUCCAAUCCAUCGAGGCAGACCACCGCCGAUGUUCAAUCCACCACCAGUUCCUCGAAGCCGGCAGAUGCUGCGACUACCUCUACAUCAUCUCGCGACAAUGCCCCAUCCGAGUCGGCGACCUCUGGAGACGCGACGACGAGCGCCGGCGCCGCCGAGACCACCAGCAGCGACAGCAAGUCUGAUAGCAAUGAAAAAUCUAGUUCCGAUAGCAGCGAGGAACAGACUACCGCCAGCUUGAUCACAUCGACAAAGGUGGACGUUGUUACUAGAACGAACAGUGACGGUUCUAAGGAGGUCAUGACCUCCACAACCAUCACCACCUCCACCCCUGGCCUGAACUCGGACGACUCUGGAGGCUCCUCUGGCAUGUCCGCCAAGACUCGCAACACUGUUAUCGGUGUCGUGGUCGGUAUUGGUGGCUUUAUUAUCCUCGGUGCCUUGGGCCUUGUGGCCUGGAGAAUCUGGGGCCGCAAGAAGCAGGCCGAGGAGGCCGACGGCUUGAUGGACUUCAACGACACCCCCAGCACCGCCUAUCACAGCGGCUACGGACCCGUCGAGAAGUCGGAGCCUGGUAGCGCCGGCCGGGACAGCGGCCCUCGGGCCACCCCCUUCCAGUCUACCCUGGAAAACUACCAUCAACCAACGGCUCCGGUGAACGCGUCAUCCAACUUCUGA